ACUGUAAAGAUGAGAAAUGCCGAAGAUCUCAUCCCAAAAUAAGGAACCAAACUUCUCCCCCACACAAACACUCUUUCUCUUUCUCCUUCACCUUCUCCCACCCACUCUCUUCCUCUGCGUUUCUCUGCUCAACCAGAAGCUCUGGGGAAACCGCAGAAAAAAACAUAAACCAUACACCCUUCGUUCCUAAACCAACAUUAUGCCAUGCUUCACCCCACACCCCUCUCUUUUACUCUCCCUCCUUCUCUUCUCUCUGUCUUUUUUCUCUCUCUCUACACCUGCACAACCCUCUCCUUUCCAUUCCUUACGCAUUCCAGAUGAUUUUGAGGUUGUUGGUGAGAGAGGUUAUGACAAGGUGCUACCUUGGAAGACGAGGAGAUCCAUGGCUGAGGAUGCCACGCCCAACACGUCUCUGAUAUUGGCUCAGAAGAGAACCACUAGGAAGGACCCUCUUGACAAUUUUAACCGUUACACUGGGGGUUGGAAUAUCAGCAAUCGCCAUUACAUUGCUUCGGUUGUUUUUACUGCGGUUCCCUUCUUUGUUGUUGCUGCAGUGUGGUUCGUGCUUUUUGGGCUUAGUUUAUCCUUAAUCUGCUUGUGUUACUGUUGUUGCCCUAGAGAGCCAUAUGGUUAUUCUCGUUUGGCCUAUGCUUUGUCCUUGAUCCUCCUCGUUCUCUUCACCCUUGCAGCAAUAGUUGGAUGUAUUCUCCUUUACACUGCUCAGGGGAAGUUUCAUGGGAGCACCACAAACACACUGGAAUAUGUGGUGAGUCAGGCUGACUUCACUGCUGAAAACCUCAGGAACGUGUCAGAUUAUCUUGAUGCAGCUAAGAAGAUUGGAGUCGAUGCCGUUUUUCUGCCGUCUGAUGUUCAGUCGAACAUUGACGAGGUUCAGACUAAGAUAAAUUCUUCUGCUGUGGAACUUUCCAGCAAGACGAAAGAUAAUUCAGAGAAAAUAAAAGAAGGCCUAGAUGGAAUGAGAUUGGCUCUGGUUAUUCUUGCUGCUGUUAUGCUCUUUCUUGCAUUUCUUGGAUUCUUAUUUUCGAUAUUUGGGCUGCAAGGUCUUGUAUACUUCUUGGUACUCGUUGGGUGGUUUCUUGUUGCUGGCACAUUUAUACUUUGUGGUGUAUUUCUUUUUCUGCACAACGUUGUUGCAGAUACAUGUGUUGCCAUGGAUCAGUGGGUGCAGAACCCUACUGCGCAUACUGCCUUGGAUGAAAUUCUUCCAUGUGUGGAUAAUGCAACUGCUCAGGAAACCUUGUUACGAACCAAGGAUGUGACAUACCAACUUGUCAAUUUGGUUGACAAGAUCAUUUCCAAUGUCACAAAUAGAAAUUUCCCAGCUGCCGCAGGACCACUGUAUUACAAUCAAUCAGGCCCUUUAAUGCCUCUUCUGUGUAAUCCAUUUCACCCUGGUUUCACAAGUCGGUCUUGUGCUCCUGGGGAAGUUCCAUUGGAUAAUGCUACAGAGGUAUGGAAGAAGUAUACAUGUGAAGUUUCUUCAUCAGGCAUUUGUAAGACGCCGGGUCGAAUGACACCAACCAUUUAUGGCCAAAUGGAAGCUGCAGUGAACAUAAGUUAUGGCUUGUAUCAUUAUGGGCCAUUCUUGGUUGAUUUACAAGACUGCACUUUUGUGAGGAAAACAUUCACAGACAUCAGCAACAAUUAUUGUCCUGGUCUGCAGAGGAAUAGUCAGUUGAUUUAUGUUGGAUUAGUUUUGGUAUCUGCUGGUGUUAUGCUGUCUUUGAUCUUUUGGGUCAUCUAUGCAAGAGAGCGGCGGCACCGUGUUUAUACUAAACAGUUCAUUGCCGGUUAAGUGUGUUGUUAUGACUUAAAACUACAUUAGGUACGAUAUGGUUCUCAUGUACAUUUGAGUUAGAUUUUAUUCCAUAUUGGGUGGGUCUCUUAUUCUAUGUGAUGUAAAGUUAUUUAUCAUAUUAAUUACCUAUACUUGAGGUAGAUGUAUUAAAGUAAUUUGUGUUCGUGGAAGAUAGUAUUGUUGGUGUGUUUUUAUAUCAUUUUUUAUCUGCUCU